AUGAUGAGCAGCAGUGAGUUUGCUUCCCUUUCUCGCUUGUUAGUUUUUUGGUGCCUCGCAUUACAGUGUAUCAAUGGUACUGACACGCUAGAACAGGGCCAAUCGAUUACAUUCUCGAAGACCCUUAAAUUAGCCGGUAAGAAAUUUGAACUUGGAUUCUUUUCUCCCAGAAACAGUUCGAGGUAUUAGGUUGGAAUAUGGUUUAAACAAGUGUCAACACGUGCUGUGGUUUGGGUGGCAAAUAAAGAAUAUCCCUUCCUACGAAACUCUUCUAUUUUCGCCAUCAACCCUGAUAGGAACAUUGUGAUUUCUGAUGGAAGGAUAUCCUACAUGCUGACGAACAGGACAACCAGUGGCAACACCUAUGCCAGGCUACUAGCUUCAGGUAACCUGAUAUUACAAGAUCAGGUCAGCUUAGAAAUUUUGUGGCAAAGUUUUGAUUAUCCAUCAGACACUUUUUUGCAUGGAAUGAAUCUUGGAAACGAUAGAAGAUAUGGAGUUACUUGGUCGGUGGUGUCAUGGAAAUACGUAGGCGAUCCUGCCCCUGCUUCUUUCUCUUCGGAACUCGUUUCUGAUAAAUUUAAUGAUUCUUUAAUUAUUAUGCAGGUUUCUAAAAUAUACUGGGAAAUUCCUUUAAACAACUUUCUUAGGUAUAAUGCCUACGGUUGGUUCCGAUGUGGUCCCAACACCGUCACUGGGGUUUGCGUGAUUCUUCUAGGAUUAUGCAGAUAGUGUUGGACGUGUUUGUGUUGAAAAAUGAUAAUUUAACAUGAAGAACUAGACAGCUUUUGUGCAAGUCAAGCUUGAAAACAUUCAAAAUGAAGAAGGCCACUUUUGAUCACGUGAUUUUUUUAAUUUAUGCAGUUACUAUUUUAAUAUUGUGAUGUGUUAGUUUUAUUCCGUUUUUGCAAUUUGUGUUUUGUUCUUUAAUAGGGUAGUUUCUAAUAGCUUUGCAGGCAACUAAGUACUAGACUUGAAAAGUGUUAAUUUUUACGGUUGUCUCUCUUAUAUUUAUAUAAAUAUUUUUUAUUUAAUGGAAAGUGUGUGGCUUUGCAUGGCUUCAUGCAA